GCUGUUCCAGCUCACUGCCUGCGUCACCACCAGCCUACAGCUCCCUGCAGCUCCUGUCAGAGAGCGGAGGCUUUAGGAGGGAGAAUGACGGCGUAAAAAAACCCGUAUUUUAUUAUUAACCGUAUUUCUGGAGUUAUCUGUGAGUUAAAUGCUCGCGGGUUGGGUGUGUAAUGAGCGCGUUACCCGCGUCUAACGGUAUCAGCCCGUUUAGCCUCUCUGAGCUGACUAGCUUAGCUUAGCUGUCUGUGUUGCCGGGCAGCAGCUAACCAGCAGCCACAGGCUAACAAUGCAGCACAGCCCGUUAUAGAGCUUCAGAAACCACUGCAGCGCCUGGAGAACAGCUGUGACAUCAUGAAUUUUGUCCGCCUUGUCUGCCGCCACAAGACGGGCCUGGCCCUCUGCGUCCUCUGCUUCUUCGCUAUGGUCCUCCUUUUCCUCGCCAAAUGCACCUCAGAGACGCUGAAGCCGGCCGACUCCCCAGGAAUGGCGCCACAAGCAGAGCCGCGUCGAGAGCACCCGCCGGCUCCUUCACAGGCCAAACAGCUCUCUGCAUUCCUGGUGGUGCUCAUCACCACGGGCCCCAAGUACACAGAGCGGCGCAGCAUCAUCCGCAACACGUGGUUGGCAAAGUUGGACCGGGAAAUUCUUGCCCUGUUCGUAAUCGGAACUGAGGGCCUAUCAGCGGAGGACAUCCAGAACCUGAACACGGAACAGGUACGACACCAUGACCUCCUGCUACUCCCGGACUUGCGUGAUUCCUACGAGAAUCUGACACGCAAGCUCAUCCACAUGUACUCCUGGCUGGACCAGAAGGUGGAUUUCAAAUUUGUUCUGAAGGCGGAUGACGACACCUUUGCUCGCCUGGACCUUCUUAAGGAGGAGUUGAAGGCCAAGGAUCCCAGUCGCCUCUACUGGGGCUUCUUCUCUGGUCGUGGUCGGGUUAAAGCUGCCGGUAAAUGGAAAGAAAGUGCGUGGGAGUUAUGUGACUAUUACUUACCGUAUGCCUUGGGUGGUGGCUACGUGCUGUCCGCUGACCUGGUACACUACAUUCGUCUCAAUGCUGCUUUCUUGAAGACGUGGCAAAGCGAGGACGUCUCUCUGGGCGCCUGGCUGGCCCCCGUUGAUGUGAAGCGUCUGCACGACCCCCGAUUUGACACCGAGUACAAGUCGAGGGGCUGCAGCAAUAAAUAUCUUGUCACGCACAAGCAGAGCUUGGAGGACAUGCUGGAGAAACACCAGACCCUCGAAAGAGAGGGGCACCUGUGCAAGGAGGAGGUGAAGCUCCGCCUAUCAUACAUUUAUGACUGGAGCGUGCCGCCUUCGCAGUGCUGCCAGCGCAAAGACGGAAUCCCUUGAUUUCUUCCCGGGACAAUUAUGUCACUCCUUUCAGCUUUGUGUUGCUAUUUAUUUAUUUAUUUAUUCGUUUAUUUAUCAAUGUCGUCCAUGCUUGACCCAACCCAAGUUUACAUUCCGCGUUGGAGAUUUACAAAGGUUUUUUCUUUUUUUUUUCUUUCUGUAAUCCAGUUAUGAUGACUGGGCGUGUUGCGUACUCUGGAUGCGCAAAGCUCUUUGUCUUUGCCUGUGUUUUGACUGAUUGUACAAGGCUGAGUUAUUAUGAGAAAAGCCUUUGAGAGAGAGAGAAGCGAUUUGGCUGCUGUUUACCCUCUUCCCUUUGCCUUGUUCCUCACUGAAUGUCCAGUCUCUUUUGCACACGGACAGAAUCCAUAUCCAUUGCUGAUUUCUAGGGCUGGUCUGAAUAGCAUUUUAGAUUUUUUCCUGUACUUAGUAUCACCCUUACAAACAUUACUCACAAUACAGAAUAAGCCAUAAUGUGACGUUUCUUCAGUGUUGCAGUUAAAAGUGUACACUGUAGGCCAUACAUACCAGUGAUGGUGGGAAUGAACUGAAAUCUGCCAUGCUGUAAGGCAUGUAGCUGAGAAAGCAGAUAUUUAAUUAAAGUAUUAUAUCUUAUUAGAUAAUUCAAGCCCUCAUGCUGGUUGGUUUUUAGGCAUAUUUUAUAUUUUCGAUACAGUUGCCACGUGGUAAUGGUAAGGCUGGACAAUAUGGUAAAAAAAAAAAAGUAUAAUUGCAGUACAUUUCUUAAUUUUUGUUGAUAAUAUAUCAACGUAAAUAGAAUAUAUGUCACAGAAAAAAAGCUUCCAGGAGUGCCUAAAUUGGAUGUCUGUGUUUCUUUAAAAUUUAUAUGCCUAUUUAUGUAAAGCACCCUAUAAUGAAUGUCAGUCAGUGAAAGAUGCUGUAAAUAAUAGGUUAGAAAGUAUUACCUUCAUUGAAACAUUUUGUAUGGCGGUAUAUAUAUAGAUAUUGAAUUAUUGUCCAGUCGUACUCUAUGAUGAGGUGCCGUGGAUGCUUAGCAUACAUUUGAUUAUGAUGAUAUUAUUAACUGUGCUUUUUUUUGUUUAAUGAACUCUAAUUUUUGUGCCUUAACAAAAGGCUAAGCUUCCAACUUCUACAAACACCAGUGUUACAAAUUUACACAAGAGUAUUCAGAUAACUUGGGCCAGCCCUACUGAUUGUGGAUUAAAAAAAUGAGCUCCACAGAGAUACUGAGAAAAUGAAUUGACGAAAGCCGCUUUUAUUGGAUGAAGGUGACUUUGUUUUUUGUUAAUGCUGAAAGUAUUAGCCCUGUAAAUGCUUUAUGCCAGUGUGCCCUAUUAAUAACACCCUCAAAUGUUACUACUGAACAGUAGAUUAUACCUCUUGUUCUUUUAUUAUUAAAUGUUCUGUUUUUACAUGA